UGUAGAUGACCAGACUGUUUCCAGCCAGCGCCAGGACGAAGAUCACCACAUACAUGAUGACGAAGGUGGUCUUGGCGCUAUACGGCAGCUCGGGAAUGUAGACGAGCGGCUGGAUGUUGUAAGUGUUGAUGAACUCCUGGCGGCUCAGGUUGUAGAACUGGAGCAUCUCCUGCAGCACUUCGGGGGUAAUUUUGGAGGAACCUUGUCCCGAAUCCGUCGAGGCUGCUGCCAUUUUCUCUUGGCAAAACUAUCUAUAACUCCGUCGCGAACUCGGGGGUGAAAAAAAGAAUAAAUCCCAACUCUUCAGAGCGCAGGCGGCAUCUCCCUCCUACAGCCUUUUCUCUCCACCUUGAGUUCAAUCAUCUGUUUUGGUUAAAGAAAAAAAAACCCUCAUGUCAAGCUCGGCCUUCAGGACUGAAUCCAGAACAAGUUCUAUCUUUUUUUUCUCCGGCCCUUAUCUCUUUGGAGUGUCCUUCGAAAGCUGUAUAAAGACGUGAGAAACUCCUUCGAUACUUUGCUGUCUCUGGCAAAGACAGACAACAUGCUGCCUGCUGUGGUGAAGCUCUGCUGUGGAAUAUCCUACCCACACCUUAGGAGCAUGUCAGGGCUUCAACGCACAGCUGUAGCAGUGAUGAGCAAGGAGAUCACACAAAUGAAGCAUUGGGCGCAGAUCAAACAUCACAUCGGAAAACCUGCCGAGCCCAAAACAGAAGUGGCAGUGAGUGAAGAUCAGCUGUUUUACAUACAACAUGGCAAGGAAGCACUGAGGAAAGCUGUCAGCAUGUUGGAGGACAGAGAGGGAUGGAAGCUGGAAAUUCAAGAGAACAACGGUGAUGUGAUCUGCAGCAAAGUGAUCCCGGGGGCUGGGAAGGUCUUCAGGCUGGAGGCAGUACUGGAAGCCAGCUUGGAGGACCUCUAUGACCUCCUGUUUGUCAGAGUUGAGAACAUGAACGAGUGGAACCCGAGCGUACAGCGAAUCAAAGUUUUAAAGCGAGCUGGAACUGAAACGAUCGUGACUCAUGAAGUUUCAGCUGAGACAACAGGGAAUCUUAUUGGACAAAGGGAUUUUCUCAGCGUCAGACACAGCUGCAAAGAAAACUCCUGCCUUUAUCUAGGAGGAGCAGCAAUUCAGCUGGAGUCAUUCCCACCUCUGGCUGGAUUUGUGAGAGCUGAGGAUGGGCCAACCUGCAUCGUUAUUAAAGCUCUGGAUGAGGACUCAACGAAAAGCAGCUUUACAUGGCUCCUCAAAAUGGAUGUAAAGGGCUGGCUGCCUAAGUCCAUUGUCAAUCAGGGUUUGCCUCGAGCUCAGCUGGAUUUCACAAGACAUCUUCGAAAAUGUCUCAGUCUGAGAUGACUGAGUCCUCAUGACCGUCACACUGCAGCAGCACCUUGUCCUUGUUCGAAGAAGGUGUGAGCAUAGUGACAGACUGCCUGGAUGGCAAAACGCUACCCUGUUGAAACGAAAUGCUGCCUGGAUGAAAUGACCUCUUUGAAGAACAACAAGCAGAAGGGAGAACCAGCUUGGUGGAUAAAAGCUGGAUUAUAAUAGGAAUAAAUGUCAAAUUAAGCCACUUAAACCUCUCAAAGAUUUCCUGUUUAAGAGCCACAACUUGUCUCUUGAUACAUGACACCCUGCAAAUGACUGGAUAGAAUUAAUAAAGUGCUUAAAUGCGUGUGUA